AUGGGAUACAUCGGUGUGGCGGUAGCCUUGUAUGACUACGCAGCACAAGCAGAUGACGAGCUAACGAUCGCGGAGGGUGAUACACUCUACCUAAAUGAGCUGAUCGACGGCGAAUGGUACCAAGCCACUCGGCAGGACACUGCACAGCAGGGAUUGGUGCCUGCUAACUACGUGGAACUGCGUGCCCCAGAAAGAGUCGUCGUGGCAGAGUACGAUUACGAUGCACAGAACGAUGACGAACUGAGUAUGCGCGAAGGACAGUCGCUGGAUGUCUUGGAGACACAAGGCGAAUGGCUCCUCGCACGUUUCACAGGCACCACCACGACAGGGUUGGUUCCGGCGAAUUAUGUGGUAGACGCAGACGCUGCCGCCAGUGCCACGACCGCCGCUCCUGUGGCCGAUAUCGCUGCCGUUCCUACCCCGCCCGCCCCGCAAGAGACGGCAUCGUCCGUGCCUGAUGCCACCAUGACAGCAGCAGAGACGUCAGAGCCCCAGGCACCACCAGCGCCAGAUGUCUCCUCCAUUCCGAUUCUACCGCCGCCGACACGUAAAGUGCCAGCGUCUGUGACCAAUGCCCAUGCCACGUCCUCGACUUCCACAGCCAAAGAAGAGAGCACGACGAAUCACAGUGCCUUGACUCACGAGGACGAGAACGACGAAGUAGAGCAGGCAGAAGACGACGAUGAGGAUGCGCGUCCCCUAAGCAAAGGGUCUAGCGUGCCUCUGCCGUCUGCCCUGAUGACGCAGGCGACGGGCCAUGCCGGUGAAGAGGAAAUGGACGAUACCGAUGGCAUGACGUCCAGCACAGCCCCCGCCAAUGUCCCUGCGGCAUGGACGGCCAAUGCGACGCCCCAUGAUGAAAUUCAGAUGUGGUCCGUGACGCAAGUGGAUCCCAAGAAGAAGAAAAAGAUGGCGAAGGGCACACUAGGCAUUGGGAAUGCCUCGCUUUUCUUUGCGACUGACACGGACGGCGCGUCUGUGCCACGUAUUCCUAUUAUGCAAGUGCAAAACGCUGCGCUGGAAAAGAACAAGUAUCUCAUCCUCUCCAUCAACAAGGCAUCCAAAGUGACAGAGCCGACAUUGGUAUUCCAUAUCGGGUCGAAAACCGCCUACCAGGCCAUCACGGCCCGCCUAAAAGAGAGCAAACGGCUGGCGCAGCAGUCAGCUGCAUCCUCGAACUCAACAACGCCGCGCAGGGGCAGUUCGGACCGUGACAUGGUAUCCGUGCUGUACGACUUUGAGGCGCAGGGCGAUGAUGAAUUGUCCGUGCUUGAGAACGACCAGCUUGUCUUGAUUGAGAAAGAAAACGACGAGUGGUGGAAGCUCCAAAAUGCAGCAGGCCAAGUGGGUGUCGUCCCAGCCACGUAUGUGAAAGUCAUUCAGCCGUCGGCCAAUCCUCACCUGGCUGCAUUGGACCGCAAAGUGCGUACAAUGCCAGUCGAAUCACCGCCUGUUUCCAUGUCACAUGGCGAGCGGUCGUCGCAGCGUCCUAUCCCCGAGCGCAUGCGAGAGUGGGUGGAUGCUACAGGCAAGUUCAAGACGGAGGCAGAAUUGCUGGGCAUUCGUGCUGAUACAGUACGUCUGCACAAGUCCAAUGGGGCCGUGAUUGAAGUGCCGCUCAACAAAAUGUCUCGCCAGGACUUGCGUUACCUAGAAACGAUUUCGGGGCGCGAUCUACUGAGUCAAGUCGAUAAAGCCGAGCAGCGGGAACGCCGUGCGCAGGAAGAGCAUCGAUUGCGUGAGCGCGAGCGCGAGAGAGAGCGUGCCGCAGCGCUGAAGCAGCAAGAAAUGGCGCGGCGUGAGCGCGAAGCGCGCGAUCGACGGCCGCCGCGCGCCCAUAUCGACUGGUUCGACUUUUUCCUCGAUGCCGGCGUCGAUGUGGAUUACUGCACACGUUAUGCAUCAGCGUUCGAGCGCGAUCAUAUGGAUGAAUCGGUUAUUCUUGACUUGGAAGCGAGUAUGCUGCGCAACCUGGGUCUGCGCGAAGGAGAUAUCUUGCGUGUUCGCCGCUACAUCCACCAGAAGUAUGGCAGUCAUACCGGAUCGCGCUCCUCUGCCUCAUCACGCCCCAUGACGCGCGAACAAUUGGAGCGGCAAACGCGCGACGACGAGUCACUCGCACGUCGUCUGCAAGCCCAAGAAAUUGCGGCACAGCGUCGUACACGUCCACCCCCGGACCGCCCAGUAACGACAAAAGAGCCGCUCCCGCCACGACGCACGCCCUCGUCGGAGCCUAAAGAGACCAAGGCAGAGACGACCGCCUCUUCUUCAAGCUCGCCUGCACUGCAGCCGACGCCCACCGGCGUCGAUGCGGAAACCAUUGCUGCGGCGGUGGAAAUCGUGCGUCAGCGUGAACGUGAAGAGGCUGAAGAAAAGGCGAAGAAAGAGCGGCCGGCCGACCCCAACUCGGCGCUGUUUGACAAGCUGGAGCGUAUGAAACCACCAGCGCCGCCGUCGCCAGCCCUGCAAGAUCCCUUCGCCCCGCGUGGGCCUUUUGCCCCUGUUCCAAUCAACCAGGGCCUGUUGCAACCUUUGAUUCCCUUGCAAGGUACUGGCCAAUUUGUGCCGACAGGCAUGCCACCCAACCCAACCGGUUUCAUGCCGACGCAUCCCACAGGCUUCAUGCCGACAGGGUAUGGCAUGCAGCCGACAGGUAUGCAACCUACGGGCCAAGGCAUGUUUGGCGUUCCGCAACCGAUGCAACAGCAACAGCAACAGCAACAGCAGCCGCAACCAGCGCUUGGUGCGGCCACCGCCGAGACGACCAGCAGCACCACCGAUUCGGACCGAUUCAGUGCAGCCAACGUGUUUGAGCAAAUGAAAACAGGCGCCGGCGCAUUUGGUGGUGCGUCCAACGACUCGUCUGCUCCACAAAGCAGCGGCAAAUAUGAUCCUCUACGUGCGCAGCCCACAGGCUUUGCCACAGGCGGCAUUGUUGACACGCCCAUGCAAACAGGUAUGAUGAACGUGAUGCCCACCGGGAUGGGUAUGAUGCCGAAUGCACCUACAGGUGGCUUUAUGCCCAAUCCAGGCUAUUUCCCAUACAAUUCAUCCAUGUAG